AUGGCUGAAAAGAUUUUAGUAAGAGUUGCGCGUAAUUUUGGCUAUUUAGGAAUAAUAGCUGGCGCUUACUGCGGAUUUUUAGCAAGAGACGAAUACAAUUUUUCAACAUUUUCAAGAAUCCAUGAGCUUUGUGAUGAAUACAAUUAAAAGCAAGAACUUCUAGAUUUGGAAGUAAAAUAAAUCCAAAAAGAGCUGAAAAGAGUUGCUUAAGAGAAGGAAUAAGCAUUAAAAGACAUGUUAAAGACUACUAAAAAAUAGUUAAAAGAUUUAGAAAGUAAAAAUAAAUAAUGA